GCCGGCGCGGCUGAGGGGAGGCGGCGCGGCUGACGGGAGGCCGGCGGCGGCUGAGGCCGCGCGUGUCCCGCCGCCAUGCGAUUCCGGGCGAAGAUCGUGGAUCUCGCCUGCCUCAACCACUUCAGCCGUGUAAUUAACACAAUCGCCAAGUUAGCCAAGAGCUGCACCCUGCGGCUGACGGUCGACAAGCUGUAUUUCAUCCUGUCCGACAAAGUAGCCAAUGGAGGCGUCAGUAUGUGGUGCGAGCUCUGCCAGGGGAAUUUCUUCGAUGAGUUUCAGAUGGAAGGAGUAGCUGCUGAGCACAAUGAAAUCUAUUUAGAGUUGGCACCUGAGAACCUGUCGAGAGCAUUAAAAACUGCCCAGAAUGCUAAGGCAGUGAAGAUUAAGUUGACUAACAAGCACUGUCCCUGUCUUAGAGUUGCUGUGGAGCUACCAUCCCUGUCGAGCAGCAGUCGGGUUGUGACACACGACAUUCCUGUGGGGGUUAUUCCCAGAAGGCUGUGGAGCGACUUCAGGGAGCCCAGCGUGCCAGACUUUGAUGUCAGUAUUUACCUACCAGUGCUGAAAACAAUGAAGAAUGUUGUGGAGAGGAUGAGGAAUCUCAGCAAUUCUAUUGUGAUUGAGGCAAACCUGAGUGGAGAAAUGAACUUGAAAAUAGAAACCGACUUAGUAUCUGUAACAACACAUUUUAAAGACUUGGGAAAUCCUCCCUGGGCAUCGGAGGAUGAGUGUCAGAGUUCCACUCAGGGCAGAGAUCUGGAAAGCAUGGCUGAGGCACGCAUAGACAUCAAGAAGCUGCAGCAGCUGCUUGCUGGGCAACAGGUCAAUCCCACAAAAGCCUUGUGCAAUAUUGUAAGCAAAAGAAUUGUCCACUUCAUUUUGCUCCACGAGGAUGUUUCACUGCAGUACUUUAUUCCAGCACUUGCCUGAAUGUUUUGGAAUCUCAGUCAUUUUCCAGCCUGAGGCUUUUUCCGUGGACUUUGAAAAGUUCAAUGAGUUGUUGGAGUACUCUCAUGUACUGUGCUGUUAGCUGCAGCCAUCAGGUGGACACUACUUCCAAAUGUAUGAAAUCAUUCCAAACAUCUCCUCGUGCAGAAGGCCGUUUGUGUGAAGAGUUAGCUGCUGUGAAAGGCAGCAGGAUGCUGGGGACUUGGCACGCCUGGGCAUUACGGGCAGCCAGACGGGGAUUCGCGUGUGCUCUCAGGAAGCUUUGAGACGAGGGGAAGGCAACAGCAUCUAUCUUUUCUCCAUGAGAAACACACAGGUAGAAUUGUUCUGUGGAGCUGCUGCUGGCUGCAUGCAGGAUUGGAGAGCACAGCUCCGAGUUGCAGGAUCUCCGAGGGAGCUGUUGUACUUCCACAGUGCAGGAGAGCCCUCGGGAGUGUUGGCAGUUGGUGCUUGUCUGGUCAGGUGAGCACAGCCAUCCUGGCAGGAGAGGAGAGGAGAAAAGCUGUCAGCAUGUGAUGUGAGGUAGGCACUAAGAGGGUAGCUUUCAAAUCUUUGGAUUUUCUCCUAUGAAAAAGGUCUGUAUACCUGGAUGGAAGAAAUGGCUUGUUCUGUUCCAGCACAAGAGCUGGCAAUGAUGGCCUUCUAGCUGCACGGGCUCUAGGAUUGCAAGUUCUAACAGAGAUCAGAAGUUGUGAUUAAGAAAAAAGAGUGUUUGUUGCUUUGUUUUGUUUUCUUUUUUAAAUAAAGAAAUGAAUAAAAGUGGGAGUAACACUGGUGCAGGGCAGGAGUAUGCAGCGAGGUGGCCAUGUCAUCUUCAGGAGGGAAGGAGGCUGGAUGGACCCACAGAGGUGAAGUCUUUCCAGCCCCUGUGCUUUCUCACGCUUCCCACCUCAGUGCAGCACAAGGACACACCUCAGCCCUGCUCUCCAGCUGGUGCAUACCUGCUAGCUGGAGUUAGGAGCCACUGGCAGGGCUACACCGUUAACUGAGGCCAUCCAGCUGCUCUCCAACACUUUGUUCUCCCCACGCAUGUUUCUGUUCAGGGACGUUAUAAGUGGCUGCCCCUUUCAGCAGCUCUGGCCUGGGACUGCUGCACAGCUGCUGGAGCCCAGCCUCAGGUGCCUGGAUCCUUGACCUGUGCCUGCCCUGGGCCAAGGAUGUAGCUCCUGCUUUCCCACGUGUGGGUUCAUGCAGCUGUGACUCCGAGCUCAUGUCUCAGACACAGACAGACACCUGUGGGACACUGAUGUAGCACGGGCAAGCCAGGCCUUGCCCUGCUUCUGCAAUGGGGACCCUGCAAAGCACACACAGGCAGCCAUGUCCCUUUCCUCCUGUGCUGGCAGCAGAGACAGAAGGGACACACACAGGUCCCACAAGUCCUGGCACCCCAGGCGUUCCUUCUCA